AUGGAUCUGAGAAGUUUGAUGAACACAGCCGACGACGGGGAUCGGCCUCGAGCCGCCGCCGCCGCCGCCGCCGCCGCCGCCGCUGCUGCUGCCGCUGCCGCUGGUCCUCCUCCAGGCCAUCCUGCUCACGCCUCUUCUCAACCCCUUGCGCCAAAGCAUCUGCAGCAGCAGCAGCACCCGCACCCGCACCCGCACCCGCAUCCACAUCCGCAGCAUCAACCACCACCGCAGCUGCCCUACCAGCAGCAGACUCCGACGACGCCUUCCCAGGCCACGACCGCGUACGCUUUCAGAGAAUCAGCGUACAGCCACGCCUUACAUUCGUCCCCUGGAAAGCCGCCAGCUCCUCAAGAAUACGCUGUGCACCCCCAGGCCUCAACUCCGUCGUACCCUCCACAGUCGCCUUAUCAGACUCCCGGGCCCUAUCCCGGCCGACCGGUACCACCGCCGCUCCAGGCAGGCGUUCCUGCUCCGUAUGCCGACCCGCGAUCUCCUCAAAGUGCAUCCAUGUCCGGACCGUCGCCGUAUCGUCACACGCCCACGUCUUCCGUGAGCGGCCCCAGCGGAGGCUAUCCUUUCCCUCCCACUGGCCCGCCUCAGGAAGUCGCCAGCCCUGUGCAACGACACCAAUAUCCACCAACAAAUGCGUACCCCCUAAGAGACAGCUAUUCUCAUCCAUCCGGUGCAACGGCGCCUUCUCCAUACACUCAGCAGCAACAGCAACAGCAACAACAACAACACCAGCAGCAGCAACAACAGCAACACCAGCAGCAAGCGCCGCCGCCGCCGCUUCCGCCCCAGCACAUGCCCCAAACGCCGCCCAUCGGCACCCCUGUCGGCGCGCAUCCGUACCUUCACCAGCGCUCUCAAUCGACGCAUUCAACUCCUACUCCCACGUCUGCCCAUAGCCAGCAUCCGCAGCAACUCCACGGUCAAGCAUAUCCUCACGGUAGUCCUGUGGCGACGGCGCAUCCGCCGCCCGAGUACAACCGACAGCUCUCGCAGCCUCCUACCCCACUGGGCCCGCCCCAGACCGGGCCUCGACAAUCUUCCACUGCACCGAGCUUUGCGCAACCACACAGUCCCUAUCAACAGAGACUCUCCGCUUCACACCUUGCCCAAGUCACACCACCACCACCACCACCUCGCAUGCCCAGCUCCCACAGCGGUCACGAACGCAGAUCAUUGUCCCAAAGUGAACGCGACAGAACCGUUAGUGUCAGUCCCAAGACCCGAAUUCCGAGUCUGCCGAGCAGCACCGGUGGACACACAGAACCCGAGGCGCGACCGCACCCGAGUGUCACCAACAUGGUGGAAACCGAACGCGAACGCGCCGCGACACCCGCCAAGAGAAAGCUUGCCGACAGAGAUUUGAGCCCGCGGGAACUCGAGCGGAAGGAGCCGAGGCCUCCACCGGCAGAGGUCAAUGGCGGACCUAGACUCUCCCGAUCGCCCGUGAUGCAGCGAAAGAGGAAAAUCCACACGACGCCUCCCAUCUGGGCUCAGACAUGGAACGCUCGCGAGAACAAGAGGCUCAAGCUGGCCAAUUUCGAGCUACAAAAACGAGGACCACCCAGCAUCAAUGGCAAGCCCGAGCCUAUCAAGCAGGACAGCUCCAGCCGUCAUACGUCGCCAGAGGUCGCGCGAUCUACGGCGCCGCCAGUUCAGGAACCGCCAAAGCCCGACAGCCUUCUCGGUCCGUGGGAGGAAAGCAUUCUCGGAACGCGACCCUACGAGGAAUUGUCAAAGACGAUUGCCGAUUUUCUCUUCAAGAACGUGACGCUCCAUCCCGACUCUGGAGAGAUCAUUGGGCGAGGCGUGCAGUUCGAGAUCGAGGCCAAGAUGGGCCAGCUCAUCGACAGAGACACGAACGAUCGCGUCGAGAGGGCAAUUGGCUCGGAAUGUGUUUUGCACGACACCGGCCGUCUUGCCUUCAGGAGCAGCAUGACAGAGGCCCAACACAAAGGUCUAAACGAAUUUCUGAACAACAUGGUUGUUCAGACAGAUCCGCGGAACCCCAAUGCCCGAGGCCGAGUCCAGAUACAAUACAAACACCGACGGGAGAUUGACAAGUUCUACGAGCUGCCCAACGCUCUGCAAGCUCGCCUCCCGGGGUGCGUUCGAGCCCUGCUGUCUGGCAGGCGGUCGAUCAAAGUUCGCGUCACAUAUGACCAGAAGACGCAGCAGGUCCUGGCCAAGAUCGUCAAGGCCCGAGUAGCCGACAUCCACCUCCAUCUGCCGACGUGUCCGCUCGACUGUCGUAUCAGCAUCAACCUCGAAAUGGCAUGGGACGGAUCUGUCGAGGAGCUGGAAAGCAUGGCUGUGGGGCAUGCAGACAAGUUCCCCGACCGGAACAAGGAUCGCCUGAGUUAUAAGCAGAACCACUAUCAGAUCGAUUUGACACAGGUGACGCAGAUGAUGCCUGGUCCUGGAAAUACCCACCGGAUCGACAAAGAGCACGAGCUCGAGAUUGAGUUAUCGCCAGACAUUGUCAUUGACCAACAACGCCGAGCCAUGAGGAACGAGCCACAUCAGUACACACAACUCGUCGAGGCGUUCGUCGACAACAUACGCGUUCUGGCCAGGAAGAGUCGCGAAUUCGUGUAA